AUGCCCGCUUACCACUCCAUCUUCCUGGGCGACCAGGGCGUUCAGACGAUAGGCAACUUUCCCCUGCUUCCUCUCCGGACGAAAACCCGCGGUCCCGCGUACACACUCCCCCAACUGCCUCCCAGCGUCAACCCGCUCGACGUCGACCCGGACUCGGAGUCGUACGACUGCCUGGACGAGGUGCUGUCGCUGUUCCGCGCCAACACGUUCUUCCGCAACUUCGAGAUCAAGGGCCCCGCGGACCGCAUGCUGAUCUACGGCAUCCUCUUCGUCUCGGACUGCCUCACCAAGAUCAAGCCCGCCAUGGACCCGCGCAGCGCCGAAAAGGCCCUCAUCAACGGCGCCCUGGAACAGUUCAGCAUCCCGGGCGAGCCGGGGUUCCCGCUGAACCAGGCCUUCGAGCCCCCGAGGGAUCGGAACGAGGCCGAAGUGCUCCGCAGCUACCUCAGCCAGGUCCGGCAGGAGCUGGCCGUCAGACUGCACGCGAGAAUGUACGAGGGCGGGGCGGCGACCCCCAGUAAAUGGUGGUUGAGCUUCACGAAAAGGAAAUUCAUGGGGAAGAGCUUAUAG